UCCACACUAUUACCCAGAAAGCUAAAACAAAAAAAAAAGACCCACCUCAAACCCCUACCCAAACACACUUCUCUAACUCUCUUCUUACCCUUUUUCUGGUUCUCCAUUUUCUCUCCCAAACCCUUACCCAACUACUUUAACCAUCAUAGAACAGACCUCGCAAUGAGAAACAAAGCUUCAAAAGUGGGUAAAGAGAGGAAAGAUGGCUGAUUCAGCUGAAAUUUUGGUGGGUGUGCCGAAAAGCCUUUCUUUCUUGUUCUCUUUUCUGGUUGAAGGUUAGUAUCAUUUUAUUCUUCGAAACUCCAAAAAAAAAAAAAAAAAAAACUCCAGAAAGAAAGUCGCCAAGCUAGAAGUAGAGUGAAAACCAACAACACAACCCCUUUGCUCUCUCUAUUUGCUUGGGUUUUGUAAGCUUGAGCUAAUUAGCUUGGGUUUGAGGGUAACAAAGCUGUAAUGGAUCCGAUCACAGCACAUGGCCGUCCUCUCCCUCCGCCUUUCCUAUCCAGAGAUCUUCAUCUACACCCCCACCAUCAAUUCCAAAACCACCAACCCCAAAAUUCCGAGGAGGAACAAAGCGGUAAUGUUAGCUUAAACCGCGGGCUGAAACGAGAUCACGAUGAAAACAACACCAACAACGUCACUGCCACAACCACUGAAAGCAAGGAAUUUGGCUCAGGCUCCACCGGAGAGGGAGAAAUUAAUCGAAGACCCCGAGGCAGACCCGCUGGCUCCAAGAACAAGCCCAAGCCGCCCAUCAUAAUCACCCGCGAUAGUGCAAAUGCCCUCCGAUCCCAUGUCGUUGAAGUCGCUAGUGGUUGUGAUAUCAUGGAAAGCGUUUCCACUUUCGCUAGGCGGAGACAAAGGGUUUGCAUUAUGAGUGGGAGUGGCACUGUCACUAAUGUCACCCUCAGGCAGCCUGCUGCAGCCGGUGCAGUUGUGACUUUACAUGGAAGAUUUGAGAUUUUAUCUCUGUCAGGGUCCUUUUUACCCCCACCUGCGCCACCGGCCGCCUCGGGGUUGACCAUAUAUCUAGCCGGCGGUCAAGGCCAGGUGGUUGGCGGUAGCGUGGUUGGUCCGCUUCUGGCAUCUGGCCCAGUUGUUAUAAUGGCAGCAUCAUUUGGUAAUGCAGCAUAUGAGAGGCUUCCUUUAGACGAGGAAGAGCCACCGGUGCCAAUUCCGGGAAGUGGAUCUCUCGGAUCCCCAGGAGUUGUCGGGCAACAACAGCCACAGCAGCAGCAGCAACUACUACCUGAUCCUAAUUCAUCUCUUUUUCAUGGCAUGCCCCAAAAUCUUCUAAAUUCAUGCCAGUUACCGUCUGAGGCCUACUGGGGUGGCACGGGUCGUCCUCCCUAUUAACAAUACGAAAACUGUGUUCUGAUUUCUACCUCUUUGUGACUGGUUUUCAAUCAGCUUUGAUUCUUCUUUUACAAGUUAGUCAUGUUCAAUUAAGAUGUUAAUUAUGCUAUUCGUCUGUCUUUGAUUGAAGGAUGUACAAAUUUUAUGAAUUUUUGGCGGGUUGAUUUUAUCUGA